AUGAAUUCAAAACGUUUUGAGUAUACCACACCACAGUCCCUUCACUCAAUUCAAGGCUCAAGACAUUAUUCAACAGAGCAAGAGGAGCCACUUGCACAAUUUAAAAAUACCGAAGAAAAAUUACAACAGCUGAAGCAAGCGAUGGAUAAUUUAGAAGAUGGAGUUUGCGAUGACGAGGACGCGCAUUUGCUCGAAAAUAAUCAGCGCUCACAAUUUAAGCAACAUCAAGGCAAAGAACUUAAACAAAAGCUCAAAGAUAAUGUUGGACAAGAACAACAAGAAGAAUUUGGAGGUCUAGAGCUUGAGAUGACUGCUGCACAUGACGUCUUAUCAUCGGGGACAGCUGUGGAGCGGCGCUUGAAUCAGGAAUCUCUUCCAACCGAAAUGGCACAAUAUGGCAAUACAAUGCCUGGCCACACGUUACAUGCACAGAAGGUACCAGACCGCAGUCAAAACUACACAACGGAGGAAAUGGGCGAGCCAACCUCAUUAAGCGCAACAACUGUUGGCGACGUGAGUGUGGCAGGUGUGACAGCAUUUGGCGUUGGAGGUGACGAUAGUCCUGGCGGCGAUGGAGGACAAUCGCAUCAUGACUACAAAGGCCCCAAAAUCUGGCGCAUUCUAGUCCAACACUGGCCUUUCAUCUCCCAACCACUGGCUUUGGCGGCUGUCGGUAUUGGCUUAUGGAUCAUUGCAUUUGUGCUGCUGCCCGAUUAUGCGCUUCCACAUACGCCAAUUAUGCGCAUAUUCUUCCUCUUUGUGGGCGCACAGCUGACCGGUGUGCUGGUGACCUUCAUCCACUUGCCGGAUAUGUUGGGCAUGCUGUUCUUCGGCGUGUUGUACACAAAUGUGGGUUUAGCUGAUUUUACGGGCUAUGAUAAAUUAGAGGCUUUUCUGAGGGAGAUGGCACUGAUUAACAUAAUGCUUUUAGCAGGUCUUGGUCUCGAUGCGAACGCCUUCAAGAAGCUGUGGCUUAUGAUUUUACGCCUUACACUUAUACCAACCAUCGCUGAAGUGACGGCAAUUGCCGUUGUAGCGAGAUUUACUCUGGAAAUGCCAUGGUUCUGGGGUAUUUUAUUAGGUCUUGUCGUCACCGCUGUCUCUCCGAACGUUGUCGUCACUGUAAUGCUGAAGCUGAAGGAAGAGCGACUGGGCCUGAAUAGCGGCAUACACACAUUAAUAUACGCCAUGACCAGCUGCAAUGAUGUCGUCGCCAUUUUUCUCUUCGGUGUCAUUAUGAGCGUCAUCUUCUCCACGGAUAAAUCAUUGACGCAACAAAUACUGCAGGGACCUAUCGGCAUCGGUAUUGGCAUCGUAUUUGGCUAUGUCUAUGGACUGAUGCUGACUAUUUUGCCAUCUACAAAGACGCCCUACCUAAAUGGCUUACGCUUUGUUUUGACCAUCUUGGGCGGCACUGUAUCGGUGAUGGGCAGUCGUGCCAUUGGUUAUCCCUCAGCUGGUGCACUCGGCUGCAUGACAAUCGCAUUUUUUGCCGGCAUCCGUUGGAAGAGCCAGCAACAACGACUCACUGCACAGCAACGUCAACGUCAGUUGGAAAAUGAAAAUUCGUCGGUGGCCGCGCGUCUUGACCUCUUGUGGAAAUUCUUGAAACCUGUCUCAUUCUCGCUCAUCGGCAAAGAAAUUAAUUUCGCUGUGUUGGAUGGCCGAGUCGUCGGCUAUGGUGCACUGCUGGUGCUGCUCGGAAGUUUGUUCCGCUUGGCGUUCGCGUACUUGUCCACCUAUGGCGGCAAUCUGACGCAGAAAGAGCGCCUCUACAUUACAAUUUCCGGUUUUCCCAAAGCAACUGUCCAAGCCGCCCUAGGUCCGCUUGCUUUGGACAUGGCCAGAUCAUUAAGCGUAGUCGAUGAGCAAAGCAUCGUCUUGGCGAACAAUGUGCUUAUCAUUUCGGUGUUGGCCAUCAUUUUCACCGCACCACUGGGUGCUGUACUCAUGUUGAGAUUAGCGCCACUGUGGCUACAACGCAGCGACGCGAAUGCAGAUAGCAAGGGCAAUGUAAUUAAUUGCAACAACAACAGCUGCGGCGACAGCUUUAGUGAUUUAAAAAAUGUUUCGAUGAAGAACGCACACAAUCCGAGCUACAUUGGCGAUAAUAUUCAAAACACCAGCAGCCACAGCCUCAAUACCAUCGAAGCCGCUGAUGAUGGCUAUGUCGACGGAGGCGAUGUGCGCAUUCAUGUUGCGGACACCAUCGUUACGGAUAUGCCGUUGCCACAAGCGAGGGAGGAGUCUAAAGAAUCUCAUCACUUGGUUUGAAUCCAAUUAGCAAUGCGGCUGUGUUGCCAUGACGACGCGCUUGAUGGCCAAGCCGUCAAGGAGCUGAGUAAAUACAUAUAUUUUGUUUCUCUUCAUGUUUGUAUUGAAGAAAGUUAUCUUAAGCGGUGAUUUAUUUGUGUGUAUGCAAAUGGCGAGUGUUUAGGAGUAACAUGUGUAUGUAGGGGUACUUUAAAAGUAGCUUAAUUUAAGACAUAUACUUACUUAAGCCUAUUGUACUUUGGUCUUACCUUUACUGGUUGAUUACACUGGAUCACAAAUUAUAAUUUUUAUUUUGUUCUCCAGAUGCCACUAUACAAUUUGUAUGUAAAACCGCCCGCUGAUUCCGUAAAUAGAGUUAAUUUAUUUUUGUAUGGAUAUGUUUUCGAGAUAUUUGCAAUUUACCGUUAUUUAGCUUAAAAAAAGAGUAGUUCCACUUAAUCAGGUAUAUCUGAAUGAAAGAAAAUAAAAUUGUCUAUAAAACGUAUAUACAUCACUU